CUCCUGUUUCGAUAUACCUCCACCUUCUCCGGUAUUUCCUAUUUAUCAUCUUCUCAAACAACUACCCCGCCUCCCAUCCUUCACCACACAUAGCCAUCAUGAGCGCCCCAGCCCACAAAUUCAAGAUCGCUGACAUCUCACUGGCCGCCUUUGGCCGCCGGGAGAUUGAUCUCGCCGAAGGGGAGAUGCCUGGUCUCAUGGCCAUUCGUGCGAAGUACGCCGAAGCCCAACCAUUGGCUGGUGCUCGCAUUGCCGGAUGUCUUCACAUGACUAUCCAAACCGCUGUUUUGAUCGAGACUCUAAAAGCCCUUGGUGCGGAAGUGACCUGGACAAGCUGCAACAUUUUCUCCACUCAAGAUCACGCUGCAGCUGCAAUUGCUGCCUCAGGUACUCCAGUAUUUGCCUGGAAAGGUGAGACCGAGGACGAAUACAACUGGUGCCUUGAACAGCAGCUAGUUGCGUUCAAGGAUGGAAAGCAACUCAACCUAAUCCUUGAUGACGGUGGUGAUUUGACCGCACUCGUGCACAAGAAAUACCCAGAGAUGCUCAAGGACUGCUAUGGACUAUCAGAAGAGACCACUACUGGUGUCCACCACCUGUACAGGAUGUUGAAGAACAACGAACUUCUUGUCCCUGCUGUGAAUGUUAACGACUCUGUCACCAAGUCGAAAUUCGACAACCUUUAUGGGUGCAGAGAAUCCCUUAUUGAUGGAAUAAAACGUGCCACCGAUGUCAUGAUUGCUGGGAAGGUUGCAGUGGUUGCUGGAUUUGGCGACGUUGGGAAGGGAUGUGCUCAGGCCUUACACAGUAUGGGUGCGCGUGUCAUUGUAACUGAGAUUGAUCCCAUAAAUGCCCUUCAAGCGGCUGUUUCCGGCUUCCAAGUUACCACCAUGGAGGAAGCCGCCCCUAUCGGGCAAAUUUUCGUAACCACCACAGGAUGCCGUGAUAUAUUGACCGGGGAACACUUCUCCGUCAUGAAAAAUGACGCGAUUGUUUGCAACAUUGGCCAUUUCGACAUUGAGAUCGAUGUUGCCUGGCUCAAGGCCAACGCCAAAUCUGUUCAAAACAUCAAACCCCAGGUCGACCGCUUCCUUAUGCCAAACGGCCGCCACAUCGUCCUCCUUGCUGAGGGUCGUUUGGUGAAUCUUGGCUGUGCCACUGGUCACUCCUCUUUUGUCAUGUCAUGCUCCUUCUCCAACCAAGUCCUUGCCCAAAUAUUGCUUUACAAGUCUCAAGAUGAAGCAUUUGGCAAAAAGUACGUCGAGUUCGGCAUCACUAGUGGCAAGCGAGAUAUCGGUGUUUAUGUUCUCCCCAAGGUUCUUGAUGAGCAGGUUGCUCUUUUGCACCUUGAUCACGUCAAUGCCAAGUUAUCCAAGCUCACACCGAAGCAAGCGGAGUAUCUGGGCUUGGAGAUUGAUGGCCCUUUCAAGGCUGAGAUCUACCGUUACUAAAACCAUUCUCUUCUGUUUUCCGUGCAUAUACCACUUGCGCAAUUGCUGGGGUAUGCAUGCAUGACACAUAGACUUUUCAACAUGAGACUACGAUGUUAUGAACAAAUUACAGGGCUAUUAGUCCAUUUGGACCUGAGGCCCAGGCAAGAUCAAAAGCAUUUGUCCUUCAACGGCAAAAAUCGGUUCAACAGGCAUAAUCUGGGGUUAUUGUUUUCCUUUUCUUCGUUCAGUUUGGUUCAUCCUUCGCGUGUUGGGUAAAUAUAUAUAUACUUUUAAACGUUAUUUCGUUUGCUUUUCUGGCUUGUGGUUAUGUCCUUUUCACUUUAUUUUCAGUUUCACUUUAUUUUCAACAAAGGCAACUCUGACUUCAUAGAAACCAGCGUUAUAUCUGUGUUAUCGGAGCUAGAUUUCCUUCUUGUCUGCUUCUAGCUCCAAACAAAUGCUGGGGAACAUGAGAAGGAUACAGGAUACCCAUUCUAAAAUCAAAAAUCAAAAUUUCAACAUCAACUCACUGUUUAUUCUCAUCGAUCGGAAAUUAGCUAAGAUCAUGAUGUUAUCGGACUAUUGUGGCGCAUAUGAGGUAUACAAGAGACAUUCAACCCCCGCUGGAAAA